AUGGGUUCUCAAUCAGUCAGCCUCGACCUGCGCGGCCUCACCCCCGCGCCCAUCACCCCCUUCACCAAGGACGGCAAAGUCGACUACGACGCCAUCCAGCGCCUCGGGUCCUGGCUCGGCAGCAUCCCCGGCGUGAAAGGCCUCGUCGUUCUCGGCCACGCGGGCGAGGGCACCUUCCUCACGCAAGACGAGCAGGUCGCCGUCAUCAAGGCCUUCGUCAAGUCCGUCUCCAACCGCAUCCCCAUCAUCGCGGGCAUCACGGGCGAGGGCACCGAGGUCGCCGCCCUGGAGGCCAAGCGCGCCCGCGAGGCCGGCGCCGCUGCCGGCCUGCUGUACCCCUCCCACGGCUGGCUCCGCUUCGGCUACCAGCCUGGCGCGCCGCAGGACCGGUACAAGGUCGUCUACGAGGUCAGCGGCCUGCCCCUGAUCCUCUUCCAGUACCCGGACGCCACCAAGGCGACGUACAACCUGCAGACGCUGCUCGACAUCUCGGCGCAGCCGGGCGUGUUCGCGAUGAAGAACGGCGUGCGGAACAUGAGGCGCUGGGACACCGAGAUCCCCGUCAUCCGCAGGGAGAGGCCCGACCUGCAGGUCCUCACGUGCCACGACGAGUACUUGCUGCACACCGUUUUCGAUGUCGAUGGCAUGCUCGUCGGGUACGGAAACAUUGCGCCCGAGCAGCUCAUCGAGAUGAUCAAGGCCGGCAAGGCGAAGGAUUAUCCCAAGGCGCGCGAGAUUCACGACAGGCUCCUUCCCGUGACCAAGGCGGUCUACCACAGGGGGUCGCACAUGGAGGGCACCGUGGCGUUGAAGCACGCGCUCGUUGCGCGGGGCAUUUUGGAGCAUGCGACCGUUAGAUCGCCUUUGCUUCCUCUGGAGGACGGUGCGGAAGGCGAAAUUCAUGCGGCGAUCUCUUCUGCGGCCCUGGCGAGGGUGAAAUAA